AUGCCUUCUUCACUUCCUAUUUUGGUUCAUAUCUUGUCUAAACAGUGUACAUUGAGCGGUAUUUUUGACUGUGGUCGCGAGCAUGCGACCUUUUCAGCCUCUUUUGUCACCUUUAUAUACGACACAGCUCUACCAGCUUCAAAGAUAAGCUCGGAGUCCAUCACGAUCCUGUUACGAUCGUCAAGCGUUCCCGCAUCCUCCGAAUUGGACUCCGUUCGUCCGCAGUCAGCUGGAGAAGAACAGCUUCAUUUGCAAUUGGCCAUCGCAAUCAGCAAAGAGGAGCAUGACCGCGAAGAAAGACGAAGACGUGCCGAAGAAGCGAAAGAGGAGGCCAAAGUCCAGAUGGCACUCGAACAGAGCCGACGGGAAGACCAGGAACUGCUUGAACAACAGCGUGUUCCGGUCUCCACAAGCGCUGAUGGUGUCAAUACGUUUAGCGCAGGACAAACACAGCCUGGUGAGGGUUUAUUUAGCUUGGUUGACACCUCACUUUCUGCUGCACCUGCUCACGUACCAGACCCGUGGUCUUCGCCAUUAGCCGACUCGUUGACCACUUUGGGCGCCACCUCCACGUCUCCUUCGGUCAUACCGAUUGAUGAUCCAUGGACCAAUGGAGCAGUCGGUUCACCGAGCAAGCCAGCUGUGUCGCCACCGAUAUCUACCUCGGCUUGGGGCUUGAACCCUGGUUCCGUUCCAUUGACCCCGAAGUCAGCGGUUGACCUUGCUAGCAACGGCGCUCACUCAUCCCCCAACGAGGCUAACGGCACCGCCGACAACGACUCUAACAAGGAUGGUGGCACCCCAAACCGACGGCACACUCCCGCUGAUUUUUUGGGUGAACACCAACGACUUGUCGAUUUAGAGAAACUGGUGGAGAAAAACCCAGCGUCCACGAACCCUUUUGCAGUGGGUCUACGUCCGAUUGGCGGUGGGCCAUCGGCCAAUCCUUUCCUUGCUAAUCAACCGGCAAAGUUAUCCUUGAACCAACUCGCCCCGCCCCUUGCACCUUCUUCAUCGAAUCUAUCGCCAUCACACCCACCUCUUCGUGGUUUACAAACGAUCCAAUCCCCGUUCAAUGUCGCUCCGGCUAAUUAUUUUGUGUCUAUGCAUGGAAACCCCUGGUCUGCGUCGAACCCCGUGCUGCCUCAAAAUCAAGCCAGCAUGAAUCCAUUUUACUAAUCCCCAUAGCACAUUGUCAUACCGGUCCCUUUCUACAUCUCAUCGUUACGCAUGCUCAAAUUUCAGCCAUCUACAGACUAUCUACUUUCUCUUGAUAGGCUUCCAACUCGCGGCAUCGUUGGAAAUAUUGAUCAUGGUGAAACUAUACAAGCACAUCUCGGCUGUUCUUAUAAUUAUGUUUCAUCCAAGCAGUCCUCGACUUUCAUGCUCUGACGCACCUACUUCAUCGCUUAUGUUUCUUAAAAAUGACACAUGCCCAGGCCGAAGUUGUAUAAUCGUCAUCGGGAUUGCUUUGUCUUUAAGUUAUCAUUCUCUUUUUCGCCGUAUUCUUCCUCCUCAUCACCACAUGUCUCCUACGGUUUUCUUCAUUUUAUUUUCAAUCAGUCUCCAUCUUUCGUCUGAGUUUAUUUUUCUUUCCAUCGUGGAAUUUUUCUUGGCUCUGCUUGUCAUGUGAUUCUUUAUGUGUUGCGCUCCCUUCGGCGUUCCUGAUCUUCUGGCCAUAUCACCAUCCGCGUUCGCAUGCGCGCCCAAUGUGCCGAGUUUGCUUUCUUAUUUCACUAAUGUAGGAAACCUUUCUGGCAGUGUGCUUUGUUGUAGACGUAUCCUCUAUGACGCUGCUUUUUUCUUUUACCGUGAUGCUACCACCUCAUUCACACAUCCCACAUUGAUCACUGAUGAUUUUAUAAUAUGUGCCCUUUAACUCUCUUCUGCUUACCUUGUUCGUAUUUGAAGCGCUGUUAGCGACUUUUCCUUUCUUUAUACCUCAAAUGAGAAACUUCACCUCUCUUUUAACCGACGCUGAUCUCUACUUACUUUGUGUGACCGGUUGAACGACGAUUUAUGUGAUAACCAUUUGCCCCGUUUUCAUGGUUCGGAAGGAUGCGUUGACUUGAUCAGUGUUUUGAAUCCACAACGCACAUUGCUAUCUACCAUCAGAAUUUUCACCGGUCCGUUAUUCAAUCGCUCUAUCAACAGCUCUCUCCUGAUCUUAUGUUUUUGGAUCUAAUCUGCACUUUUGAAAUCUGCCCAGAAUCUUCA